UUAUUCUUUCAAAAACUAGAUAAUUCCAAAUACAUAUCCUCUUCUCGUUUUGCCCAGUUCUUUCUCUUUCACUUCAUCAGCAGACGAUAGAAAGAAGCUCCUUGGACGCCAAUCCGCCACCGCACUCCAAACCCACAACCACGGUGGCGCCACUGUAGAGUGAAGCACAUAUCCAAAAAUGGAGGUAUCGAUACUUGGUGCUAGAAUGCAACAUAUCAUGCCUUGCUCCUUCCCAUUACCAUAUUCCUUCUCUCCUUCCACCUCAACUACACCAAAGAAUUCUUAUCUCAUUUAUGCUAAAGCUUCACCAACAACGACAACAACUUUUGUUAAAGGAGCAAACAUAGAACAACCCAACAAUGGCGAAGUGAAACGUAACAGGACUCCUUCAAAAUCUUACUCGGCCAGAAAGUCUGCUAUUCUUGAAAUUCAACUAUCCCCUGAUUUGGAUUCUGCUCUUACAAGCUAUGGAGAUAUUUUAAAAGUUCAGGACUUGAAUGCAAUAUUACGUCAUUUCGGAAUGCGAAAGAGAUGGCACAAGCUUUCCCAGUGCUUCAAUUGGAUGCAACAAAAUAUGAAGAUUUGUCCUGCAUCAUAUAGCAACUAUAUAAAGUUCACGGGAGAGACUCACAAUCCUGUGGGUGCACUAGAAGUUUAUAAUAGCAUUCAGGAUGAAUCAACCAAAAAGAAUAUCAUCAUCUGCAAUUCUGUUCUUGGGAGUUUGGUUAGGAAUGGAAAGUUUGAUCACAGCAUUAAGUUUUUUGGUCAGAUGAAGCAGGAUGGUUUAACACCAGAUGUUGUUACAUAUAGUACAUUACUUUCAGGUUGUAUCAAAGCUAAACAAGGCUAUCCAAUAGCAAUGGAACUUGUUCAGGAGUUGCAGCAAAAUGAUGUGCAGAUGGACAAUGUAAUUUAUGGGACUCUUCUGGCCAUAUGUGCUUCACAUAAUAAAUUGAGUGAAGCAGAAAGCUAUUUUAACCGGAUGAAAGAAGAAGGCCAUUCGCCAAACGUUUUUCAUUAUAGCUCUUUGCUCAAUGCAUACUCUAUAUGUGGAGACUAUAAAAAGGCCGACAUUUUGAUUCAAGAUAUGGAGUCGACUGGGCUACCUCCAAACAAGGUGAUAUUAACAACUUUACUCAAGGUAUAUGUCAGAGGAGGUUUGUUUGAAAAGUCUAGAGAACUGUUAGCUGAACUGCAAGCUAAGGGCUACGCCGAAGAUGAGAUGCCAUACUGUUUAUUGAUGAAUGCACUUGCUAAGACUGGACAGAUCAAUGAAGCUAAAUCAGUUUUUGAUGAAAUGCUUGAGAAAUGCGUUAGCUCAGAUGGUUAUUCCUACAGUAUUAUGAUUUCAGCAUUCUGCAGAGGUGGGCUUUUGGAAGAAGCAAAGCAGUUGGCCAAGGAUUUUGAAGCAAGAUAUGACACAUAUGACUUGGUGAUGUUUAACACUAUGCUCUGUGCUUACUGCAGAGCAGGCGAUAUGGAGAGCGUAAUGGAAAUGUUAAAGAAAAUGGAUGAAUUAGCUAUCAGUCCUGAUUAUAAUACCUUUCAUAUCCUAAUAAAAUAUUUCUGUAAGGAGAAGUUGUAUUUGCUUGCUUACCGAAUGACAGUGGACAUGCACAAUAAAGGCCAUCAAUUAGAUGAGGAACUCUGUUCCUCCCUAAUAUUUCAUCUUGGUAAGAUGAAGGCACACGCAGAUGCUUUUUCUGUCUACAAUAUGUUGAGAUAUGGAAAAAACACCAUGUGCAAGGCUAUCCAUGAAAAGAUUCUCCACAUUUUAAUUGCUGGCCGGCUUUUGAAAGAUGCCUAUGUUGUAGUAAAGGACAAUGGAGAGUUGAUUUCCGCGCCUGCUAUGAAAAAGUUUGCAACUAUAUUUAUUAAGUCAGGAAACAUCAAUUCAAUAAAUGAUGUUUUGAAAGUGAUCCAUGGUUUCGGCUGCAAGAUUGAUGAGGAAAUAUUUCGGAUGGCCAUAUCACGUUAUAUUAUGAAGCCUGAAAAGAAGGAUUUACUUAUUCAACUUCUGCAAUGGAUGUCCCCACAUGGUUAUACUGUUGAUUCAUCUACAAGAAACCUAAUCCUGAAGAACUCUCACUUAUUUGGUCGCCAACUUAUUGCUGAAAUACUGUCCAAGCAGCAUACGAUGUUAAAAGCUCCAAAAUCUGAUAAAAAACGAUGGAUUGCUCAAUGAACAGUUUGUUGCAGAUCAACCCCUCUUUUGUAGAGAGCUUUCCAUUUGACUGAUACAACAAAUCUCUCUCCAAAAUUUGCACUUAAAAUAUUUUGGAUUGCCACAUCAUGUUGUGUUAUGAAAGCCUAAAGAGAAGGAUUUACUUAUUCAACUGCUGCAGUGGAUGUCCCCAAUGGUUAUAGUGUUGAUUCAUCUACAAGAAACCUAAUCCUGAAGAACUCUCACUUAUUUGGUCGCCAACUUAUUGCUGAGAUAUUGUCCAAGCAGCGUACUAUGUUAAAAGAACGAAUAUCUGAUAAAAAACAAUGGAUUGCUCGACGAAUAUUAGCUGCAAAUCAACCCCUCUUUAGUAGAGAGCUUUCAAUUUGACUGAUACAAAAGAUAUUUCUUUGAAUUUUGCACUGGUAAGUGUAUCAAAACUUGUCCUUUUAAAUUCUCCAGCUUUCAUUGUACUGUGCAAAGAUUUCAUAAUGUUGGUUAUGUAACAGGAAAUUAAAAGUUCAGCUUACCCUGUUUUGCUAAAUCGAGUUUCUUAGCGGUUGCUCAUACAGUUAACCUCAUGACAAGUUGGCUUCUAUAGAUAUAAUAGAAGAGAAGAGUUGAAAAAAAAAGAAUUAAACCUCUUAGUUAGUUAUCAGGCGGGAGGAAUACGUGCACCGAAGGUUGACUGAAAAGUUAAACUAGCCUCCACUGCUCCAUCGCCCCUCCCACAGUCAAAGAAAAGGGGUUUCGGAUCCAGCCAUUUUGUGUAAUGACUAUUUUUUAUUUUAAUUUCUGAUUUCUAUUUUUUCCAUGGGUUUUGAUUUAUCAUUUUAAUUUCUGCUAUGAUUAUGAGAUUGGUUUUUGCUUUGUUUCGUGUUUUUUGACUAGGUUAUGGGAUUUGUUUUGGUUCCAUGUUAAUAUUGAUUAGUAUUUUUUCUUCGUGGUUACUUCA